CUCGCGGUGUGAGCAGAACAGAAACAGAAGCCGGGAGGGACACACUGAGAACAUUUACUUAGACCACGGAAGAAACAGUCCAGAAGUUUCCAUGAAGAGCCUGUAAGAAAACUGAAGAUUCACCACUGUUUCCUCCUGUUUUUUUUUUACUUUUACUUCAUUUAAAUUCAGCCCUGAAGAAAUAAGAACUCCUUCAAGAAGACCUAGACCCUGGACAGUGAGGACUUGUACAGUUUCUUUUACCAAACCCAAGUAAAGGACAUAUUUUAAGGAACUUUUUGGUCCCAGAAGGAGGGGGGUUGUUAUCUUUCAGCUCCUCUCCUCCCAUAGGGGGGUCAGCAGACAGACGCACCUCUCUUUGGCGGUCUUUGACGCUCCUGUCACAUUAAAAACCAUGCUGUACUUGAAGAAAUACUUCUCUGAGGGUCUGAUCCAGAUGGCCAUCCUGCUCAGCCUGUGUGGGAUGAUGGUGGACGUGGGACUGGAGCCCUACCUGCCUUCCUCCUGGCACGAGAUGAUCCUCGGACCGACCUCGGCGCUGACGCAGACGCAGUUCCACAACCUGAGGAACCGCCUGGAGGACGGCCAGGACCUCCACCCAAAGAGUGUGGACCUGGACGGCUUCUUCACGACUCGGAGGCUGCUGGGGUUCGUUUGCUCUCUGGACAGACUGCAGGUUCCUCGGACUGAGCUGGAGACAUGGCUGGUCCAACGGGAGUCCGAUCCUCUUCCUGUGGGUCGUCCAGACCAGCCAAGGCACAGACCUGCUCCACCUGUUGAUCCCAGACCUGGAGUCAUCCCUCUGCAUGAGGAAGAGGAGGACGAGGAAGAGGAUCACGUCCUCUAUCACAGCGCUGAUGGAGAUGAGGAGGAGGAAGAUGUGGCGAGGCACUUCAGGAGGACAGACGGAGGACGAGGAGGAUCCUACAGCCGAGCUGACAGCAGAGAGCUAAUGCAGAAUGAAGGGGACCAGACUUCCGUCUCCCUCCAGGAGUGUCUGAGGCUCCUCCAGGAAACUUUCCCCUUCACAGAAGAACAAUUUCAGGAUGUUGGUGAUAGAAGAUCAGACCUGGAGAACCUGCCCGGGGACACAGAGCCCCUCCUCGGCCCCACUGGAAACCCCUCAGUGGACCUGGAGCUUCACUGGCAGGACCUGCUGUCUAUCAUGGAGCCUGAGACCACAGAUGUGGACAUGGCGGCUUCAUUUGAUCAGGGUGUCAGGUCUGAAGCUCUGCAGCAAAUCUGUGAAAACAAUCAGGAUGCUGGAAGUCGGAUUCCUCCACAACACGGUUUGAUGGGACAUCUAAGCCAUCCACAGCUGGAGUCUCUCACCCCCAGUGCCGAGUUGGACGACCAAGCCUUGGACACAGGAGGAACUUGGGAAAGCUCGAACGUGAAUGACUUACUGAAUCCUCCACAACACACCAACCAGCUCACAGGGUAUCCUUCAGAAGACUUCAGCCGGAGACUAAAUGCAGAGGACAACUCAAGAACCUUCAGUCUGCUCACGCAAGAUCUUCUAGACCUGGAAGGCAGAUCAAGCUCACCAUACUCCCCCUACUCUGAAAACCGUCAAAGCUUUAAUAACCCUCACUCUCCUAGUUUGACACCGUCCAGUUUCACCACAUCCCCAGGGCUAGAAGACACCCCAGACGUCAGGAGUCCUUCGUCCUCGGUCUUCCUGUUUGACCAAGAGGGAAACAUUGAGGAUGACGAUGGUCUCCUUAGCCCACUUGGUGACCUCUUGGAGGAUGCUUCCAUCCUGGAUGAGAUUAGAUUGUUGGACCUGGCUCUGGAGGAAGGUUUCAGUCCUGAAAUGGCGGCAGGGCUGGAAGAGGCAGGUUACCUUGGACGUGAAAUGGUCAGAGGAGACGCUGACGGGGAGGAACACCACGCUGGCCUGAGCAUGGCGGUCACAGAUGAUCAACCAGGCGGACAUCAGCAAGAUGAUGAAGACGAGGCAGAUUCAGACUCCGGUCUUUCUCUGGACUUCAGUCACAGCCCUGCUUCCCCAUGUGCCUCUGAGGCCUCUUCAUAUUCCUCCUCCUCCUCCUCUUCUUCUUCUGUGAGAAGUCCUUUCUCUGAGGAUGAGGACGGCGAGGUUUGUGAAGGGUCAUUUGACUCAGAAAUGGAGGUUGGGGUGACUAUAAAGCAGGAGGAGCUGGACGAGGAAGAGAUGGGGGCAGUCGGAGGAGAAUAUCCCGAAGAUGUAAAGAAACCAUUCUCUUUUGACCACGGUGACCACAAGAUGUUCAACGGCUUUCCUUGGAUGGAGCACAUCGGCCAUGAUCACACAUACAACCAGCCCUGGUCCACCCCUUCAGCUCCAUCUUUGGGAAAGAUGCCCACCAAACACCCCAAAUCUAUCCAGCGCCACAACACCGCCAAGCCUUACCACGGAUCUUCCUCCAGACACGUCUCCGACAAAGAAAUGCGGAGUCGAGACGAACGGCGUGCACGGGCCCUGAAAGUCCCCUUCUCCAAUGACUUGAUUGUCAACCUGCCUGUGGAUGAGUUCAACGACCUGCUGAGCAAAUACAAACUAAACGAGGAGCAGCUAACCCUCAUCAGAGACAUAAGACGGCGUGGUAAGAACAAGAUUGCAGCCCAGAACUGCAGGAAGAGGAAAAUGGACGUGCUGCUGGGACUGAAGGGCGAUGUCGCAGGUUUGAGGCGCUAUCGUUCACGACUGCUCCGAGAGAAACAGGAAGCACUGAGGAGCUUGCAGGAAAUGAAGCGCCAGCUAGGCAUUUUGUACCAAGACAUUUUUUCAAGAUUGAGGGACGAAGAAGGGAGGCCCCUGGAUCCAAUGGAGUACCUUCUUCAGUUUGAGUCCAGUGGUAGUGUCACAGUAGCAUCACGCCAACAAGGGGCACCACGUCCUCUGACGAAGACCAGCAAGAAACAGAAGGACAAGAGGAAGUGACGGACAGGUGGCCAGGAAAAGCUUCCUUAAGAGUCAUGUGACCAGAACAAAGAUGGAGGAGGAAAUGCUCAUGCAUUGGGAAGCCAAAGGAAGGUGCUCAGAUGUACUGUGAACCCUUCAGACACUUAAAGAGAUGUUUCUGAAGAACUGGUCAGUGGCAGGAGAAGAUAACCACAGACUAAAGACAAGAUCUUUGAAAGAGGAGGUGAAAAUCGAGAUGCCAACACAAAAGCUUUCACUCCACUUUACACUGGAAGAAGACAGAAGUUCAACUCAUGUUGAGUCCAAACCUGUAAAUCCAGGAGAUAACCAGGGACCAGCACAACCAUGCUCUCCCUCAGAUCAGCUGUCUGAGACUUUUAAUACUGGGCUGAUAGCCGCACACUGAUAGCAGGCUGGAUCCUGCCUGUGAGCCAUAAUGACUCCAAACCAAAGAGAGGGGCUGCUGAGGAAGGAAAGGCUAGAUGUGGAGUUUCUGAACUUGUUUUUAGCUCAUUUGGACCUAUCAGAAGGCUGAGGACUUUUGGUCGUGGGUAUAGGGUGUAGUCACGUUACACAGAUGAUAUGCAAAUGCCAGAUAGGGGCAAGAAGUGAAGAACAGCCUUUGAAUGGGAACAGAGGAGAGUUAGUGCAUUAAGCUCUGGACAUCUACCCUGCUUAUCAUAUUUUUACUGCCUUGAGUACGAUCCCAAAACUCUGCAAAAAAGUGUUUUUUUUUCCCCACCAUUUACAUUUGUUGAACAUAUUCAGUUAUAAACUUGAAACUGUUAAGUACAAACUCACCACAGCUUUAAUGAGUCUGACUGAACAUAUGUUACUAUAAGAAUCUUGGACAAUUCAGGACAGAUUUCCUUCUCCAAGAUCAAUCAGAAAGAAAAAUCACGUUUUUAUCUUUAUUUUUCGUGUACCCCCUACGUUACUUUGCGUACUCCAGUUUGGGAAUCACUGGUUUAAAGGACUGAAGUUUAAGGUUCAGGUAACAUUUAAAUAUCAGUAUUGAUAUCAAUAUUGGCUAGAAUGAUUUUGUGCAUAUCGGAUAUCUGCAAAAAUCCACUAUAGUGCAUCCCUAGAGUUUUAUAAUCGUGUACAGCUUUUGUGGUCCAGGUGGGUCAAAACGACCCAGGGAUGCUAGGAUCAUGACUAUAACUCAAAUCUAUGUUCUGCUAAUAUUGAGGCUGAAACGAGGUGUUUCAUGUAAGGCGUACUGACCAGACUUUUCAAGGUGAAAGGUAAAAACUGGUCUAAUGACGGCUUGAAGUCAACCAGUCAGGGUCAGUUUGACCAAGGACAACAGUGAUUGUUUGCUGCCAUUAAAAUGAAAUGGUUUGGAGCAGUGUUAAUUUUGGCAGCUAUUUUAAAUUUUAGUCUUAGUUUUAGUCUUUAAAUGAAAUGCAUUUUAGUGUUAGUCACAUUUUAGUCAUUUCUACCCU